AAAAAAACAGCAAUAUAUUAAUUAAUUUUAAUUUUUUUAACCAGUUUUACAAGGUUUUUAUAUAUUUUAUUUCUUAUAAAAUAUUAAAAGCAAUUUAAAUAUUGAAAAGUGGUCCAAAAUUUGGGAGUUUAACAAAAAAUAAUGCUAUAUUUUAAAUAUUCUUAUAGCAAAAUUAUAUUUUAAAAAGUUGUCAUUUAAAUUAACAGACUUCAAAAUUCUGCUAUGCUGAUUAUUUUUCAACUUAUAAUAGUAACCUAGCAUUUCAUGUAAAUUAAGUACAAUCUAUUACAUCAUUAAAUAUUAUACGCUUAAUUUCUUAUUAGUAUUAUAAACAGCUGAUAUAUUCUUAAAUUUCCCAAACAUACAAAUUCCAAUAUACAAUGGCGCAAGAGUCAAAAGAAUCCAUCGACACUUUAUAUUCAAGGUACAUCAACAUGUCAAACCUCCUCGUCCCGUAUCUAUCACAUUCAGACAAGUAUCUGGCACGAAAGUGGAUAAUUUUCGGGUCGAAACUGCCAAGAGAGUCUGGUACUGCGCCAGGUGAAAACCGGUUCAGAUUUGCGAAGCAUCUAUUCCAAGUCAUUAAAGACGAAGUCUAUGCUACAUUUUUGGAGUCGAACGUUGGAAAAUCAUUGACGCCCGAUGAGAAAAACAACCUUUGGGAGGAGCUUCAAAACCUGGGACAGACGGACGACUUUGUGGUCAAGUCACUGAGUCGGUUGCAUGAAAAGAAACAAGGCGCCUAUAUGAGCAUGUGGUCGCCGGACAAAAAGACUUACAUCGCUGCAAAGCCCAUCCCUGGAAAAGGCGCUUUGGUUUAUUUAGCUGUGGCCGAAAAUCCCGACCAAGGGUGGGACAUGCCGACUUCAAAAAUUGACUAAUCCCAUUGACUCUUUUUAAUAUAUUUUGAUAUAUAAAUUUA